UUAGGACAUCCUGAAAUUCCCUCGCCAUAACUUUCUCUCUACGAUUCUUCUAUCUCCGUCUUGCUUUUCGCUUCCAAGGGAGAAAAAUGGGGAAGCAAAGCAGAUCGAAGAAACCAGAGAAUCUGGGCAAAGGGAAAGUCACUCCCGUUCAAGUCGCUUUCAUCGUCGAUCGCUACCUUGCCGAUAACAACUACUCCGAGACUCGUUCCACUUUCCGAAACGAAGCUUCUUCUCUCAUCUCCAAAUCCCCUGUUCGAGAGGCUCCGAAGAGUUUGUUAAGUUUGGGGGCGAUGUUAGAUGAGUAUAUUUGUUUGAAAGAGCAGAAGGUGUUUGUAGAGCAGGAAAGAGCUCGUUUGGAGCAAGAGAAAUGCAGGGUUCAGUCCCUUUUGCAGGGAAUGCAAAGCGUAAUGAACGCUUACAAUGCGAGUGCCACUGCAUCAGUGCCUAUGAUUCCUCAUGUAAAUGCAACUAAAACAAUACCGGUGGUUCCUCAAUCAGAUCCACGAGUUGGAUCUUCCCCAGGUCCUCACAGUACUCCGACUGUUAUUCCAAUAUCUGGUCCUUUUAAUUCCAGAAUGGAGAGAAAUAACUACUCUUCGCCGGUUAUAAGUCGGUCAUUAACAAGGAAUAAAAGGAGCUUGGAGGCCGUCACUGAAGCCCCAGCAGCUGCAAAGAAAUCUCGCAACAAAUUAGCUUCUAGGAAGUUACCUAUGCAGGGUAGACUUUAUUGCCUUGAUCAUAUUUCGUUUCAUGCCUUGAUACAGCCAUAA